AUGGUGACAUUGUCAUCGUUCAUCGCGGUCCUUGGUGCUGUUGGCGCCGCGGCCACACCGAGGUUCAGAAACUCUGUCAGUCCAGGCUAUCGCAGCGCCGAUGUCUGCCCGGAGCGAUGCAGUGUUUCCGGACCUACUAUCAGGAACUGGUCGGUGUAUCCCAACUUCAACCAGAUCAAGAAAUGCAAACAGACCAUGUUUUACGACUUUUCGCUCUACGACCCUGUUGAUGACAGAGCCGUGAGCCACAAAAUCCACGCUUGCUCGUCCUAUGGUCCUGAUUUCGACCUGCUCCCUGCUUCGGGUGUGCAGGUUGCCUCUGUUGAGUCAGUUAAUGUUGAGUUCGAGAUGGGCUGGCGGCUUCCGGGCUGCGGUCUCUUGUCGGCCAGAUCCGCGCGUAUGCUGAGAAGGGACAUGGAGAUGGAGCUACAGACAGGCCUUUCAUCAUCUAUGGCCAGUCUGGGCCUCAGCGAGUCUGCCCUGAAGAUCUUCCAGGAUAACCUCGAAAACCUGAAUGUCUCAACACCGAACUUGGCCAUGCAGCUCUGCGGGCCAGACUACGACAGCACCCAUAUUUUCGGCAUCAUGGCCACCAGCCGUGGGACAUUCUCUCCCAUCCAGGACGCUAUCAAGUCUUGGGCCAACGCGACCUGCCUGUCGUUCGAGGGUUCCGCCAAGUUUCCUGGCCGGGCGAUGUUCACCGCGCCGCUUCUCCACGCGAGCCACACCACCACUGCCAACUCGACUGUCGCGACUAAGAAGCUCCACAAGCGUGCUGAGUGCCGCACCGUUCAGGUAGAACCUGGCAACAGCUGUGCGGACCUGGCUGUAAAGUGUGGUAUUUCGGGAGCUGACUUCACCAAGUACAACCCGGGCAAUAACAUUUGUUCGACACUCAAGCCUAAGCAAUACGUCUGCUGCUCCAAGGGAGACCUUCCGGAUUUCCGCCCCAAGCCUAACAAGGAUGGCUCAUGCUUUACAUACCAAGUCAAGGAGAAUGACAAUUGUGACAAUCUUGCUGCUGAGUACAGCCUGACCAGGGACGAUCUUGAAAACUUCAAGAAUACCUGGGGCUGGAACAGUUGUAAACCUCUGUACAAGGACACAGUCAUGUGCCUGAGCGAAGGUGAUGCGCCUUUCCCUGCUCCGAUUGCCAACGCAGUGUGUGGUCCCCAGAAGCCAGGAUCUAAGCCCCCAACCGAUGGCUCGGAUAUUGCGGAUAUGAACCCCUGCCCCGCCCCGGGAACUGCUAAGCCGGGCACCUACGGCUGUAUUUCUAACUGUGGCCUUGAUGUGGUCAAAGGCAGCGGAAGCGGCGCUAUCAAGAUUGCCUACUAUGAGGGCUACUGCUUGAGCGGGAGUAUUGACACCUCGGGAUAUACGCACAUCAACUUUGGCUUUGGCACAUUGACCCCGGCUUUUGACGUUGAGAUUGGUGAUAGACUGUCCUCGUACCAAUUCGGGGAAUUCAAGCGCAUUUCUGGCGCGAAGAAGAUCUUGUUAUUUGGUGGUUGGGCUUUCUCGACUGACGCUGCUACUUACCAGAUUUUCCGCAAUGGGGUCAAGCCUGCGAACCGGCUCACAAUGGCGACCAAGAUUACUAAUUUUAUCAAGAAAAAUAACCUUGAUGGUGUUGACAUUGACUGGGAAUAUCCUGGAGCGCCUGAUCUUCCAGAAUUUGAUCCCGGGACUGAGGAAGAAGGUCCCAACUACCUUGCCUUUCUUGUUAUUCUCAAGAACCUCCUGCCCGGCAAGUCUGUUUCUAUUGCUGCCCCGUCCUCCUACUGGUAUUUGAAGCAGUUCCCCAUCGCGAAAAUCACAAGUAACUCCCAGGAAGAAUGCGACUUGGGUAACUGCCUGCGCAGUCAGGUUAACCUCACAGAAACAAAGCAGUCACUGGCGAUGAUCACCAAAGCAGGCGUCCCUGGAGAGAAGGUUAUUGUUGGUGUGACUAGCUAUGGGCGAUCCUUUAAGAUGGCGGAGGCAGGCUGCUAUGGCCCCAACUGCUUGUUCACCGGCGACCGGUUAAAUUCAAAUGCGAAGAAGGGGAAAUGCACUGGUACAGUCGGCUAUAUUGCAGAUGCUGAGAUUGCUGAGAUCUUAAACGAGCCAGGCCGAGUUGUUAAGCACUUUGUCGACUCCAGCAGCAACAGUAACAUUCUUGUCUAUGAUGACACUGAAUGGGUGAGCUACAUGAGCACCGCAACCAAGAAGACUCGCACCGCGCUCUACUCUGCCUGGGGCCUGGGAGGCACCUCUGACUGGGCCACUGAUCUACAGAAAUACCAUGAUGUGCCGCCGCCGGCAACGAGAUGGGCCAUGUUCAUAGAACUCACUAUGUCAGGAGAGGAUCCUAAGACGGACAUGACGCGAAAUGGCAACUGGACCGACUGGACUUGCGAGCAUCCGUACAUUGUCGCCCCAUUCGACCACACGCCCUCUGAACGGAUCUGGGAAGACACCGACAGGGACCGAGGGUUGGAAUUCAUGGAGUCGGUUACAACUACCCUCCAGAUAGGGGCUCAGACUCACUGUGGGGACUUGACCAUGGACAGCUGCGGCACGUUGGACUGCCCAGCUGGUGCGAAUGGGAAGUCGUCGGGACCCGCGGCGCAGUUCAUCUGGAACUCGCUAGCUACAAUCCAUCUCAUGCACAAGAACUAUCAUAACACGCUGUUUGAGGUUGCCUUGGUUGUCAGCACAAAGCUCGAUGACAUGGAGAACACGUUUGCGCCGAUCCCCCAGGCGGAUGGCACCUGGACCUUGCUGCUGAUUGACCUGAUCACCCUGGGAACCCUGGGCGCCGGCGGCCCGUUUACACCGUUCUCAAGGGACUCCCUUCUCUUGCACUCAAGCAAUUGUUCACCUGAUCUCGAGGAGGUGAUCAAGAUCCUUAGAGAGUCUAUGGCCAAUGGAAAGCUCAUCGAGGGUAAAUCCGAAGGCAAGCGCCCCAGCAAGGAAGAGAUUGACACUACUCUGAAGAACGAUUUCCGAGCCAACAUUCAAAAGUGCUUUUUCGGUUACUCCAUCCCCACCCUGUGGCGGGAGUCUAAAUCGUACGCCUUCAUCAUUGACGCAGGCCACGGGUGUGGUGAAAAGCAGCUCAGCAAGUACAUCACGGACGACACCAUGGACGCCACGGGAGCCUGCGUUGACGGCAAACAGUACUACCUGGUGUAUCCGGAUGGUAAAUCCAAGGUAUGCAAGUGCCAGAUUGUUACCGAUCAUGGCCUCUGCCAGACGAUUUGCAGAAACAACAAGUUCUCCAUGCUCCUGGCCCUGGACUCUCUGACCGAUGGAAACUUCGGCGACAUCACCAAGGAAGACCUGAUCCGCGGCUCAGUCCGCACCUGGAUCCAAAAUGGCAAGGAGAAUGGCGGCGGCUUUGCAGAAUAA